AUGGUAGUUGUUAAGGGUUUAAGCACAUUCAAGGGUAGGGUUUCAGGAGGACGAGACACCAGGAAGAGUGGUGGAGUCAGAAGUCUCAAGGUGUAUGCAGAAAACGAGAAGGUUAAGAGUGAUAGCAGGGGUCCUGUUGCCGCUGAAACCAAAAGGAAAUCUAUUCCAGUCAAAGCUGAAACCAGUCAUGUUCAUGCCAAUCAUCAUAAGGUGGACGUCAACAAGUUGGAGAAGAUUAAUGGGAAAAACAUCAACUCUGGAAGGAAAGUGUUGGCGGAUAUCAGCAAUUCCAAUAUUCAGAAGAAUGAGACCUUUGAUAGCUCCAGACCUGGGGCUUCAGUUGGUACGAGAGUCAGGACUGCAAGUUCAUCAGGCAAACCAUCAAUGGGAACACAUGUGGGAAGCCAGAGUGAAGCUGUUGAUGGCCGAAAUACACUGAGACGAGUCGGUGCCAAGGAUCUGAAGGUCUUCAAUGGCAAUCCUAGGACAAGGCUACAGGGUCAAGAAACUGUUGGUGAUGCUACAAGGAAAUCUGCUAGGAUUUAUAACCCGCCACAAAGGAAAUCUUUACCAGUUCUAAAGCACGUCGACAAGGCGGAUACAUGUGAUCUCAACAAAGGAAGUUUGGAAAAUAAAGUGAAGAGCAAAGAAAAAUGUGGCUUUUCUGUUAAACCUAAAGUGGGCACGAAAGUUGUACCGCAAGUAAGCAAUGCCAGGGACUACCGUUGGAAGAAUAGGGUUAGCGAUGGAUAUAUAAAAAUGCGCUGCCAAAGCCCAUGUAGCCAUGGAUGCGAUGACUCCAGGCAAUUUGUGGUUACCCGAAAAACCAUGUCUACUAGUUUGCAUGCAGCCAUGCAGGUGUCAGAAGGUCAUCAGCCAACAGGGGAUGCACAUAGAUUGUCUAGGAGAUCAAUGAAGCCAACUGUGAAAACUACAAUUGGUAUUCCCCGAGCUCAAAGGGUAUCAAAAAGCACCUCUGUUUCUAGCAAAUCAACAUUCGCAGCUUCUGUUUCAUCUAGGAGGAAGGAGGUGGCAUCAAGGUCGUCGUUUUCUAAACAUACUGAAGCUGUAACUUGUGAGAAACCUGCAGAAGGUGUUCCAUCUGCUUGCAACAGCAACUUAGACGCGAGUACAUCAAACGUCGCUGCCAAAAGGAAAUCUGGUCGUCGAAAAUCCUACACAUCUUUGCUAAUCGCGAGAUCAACGCUGUUAAAGGAAAAUGACAAUGUCACCAAGCAGGAGAUCCUACCCAAUAUCUAUGAUGAAUGCAAUCACCUUGAAGUUGCUGAAUAUAUUGAUGAGAUCUAUCAGCAUUAUUGGGUUACAGAAGCGCAUAAUCAGCCGCUAAAAAACUAUAUGGAGAUCCAGACAGAAAUCACAGCUCAAAUGCGAGGCAUAUUGAUCAAUUGGCUCAUAGAAGUACAUUUGAAAUUUGAUUUGAUGCAAGAGACACUUUAUUUGAUGGUCACCCUCUUGGACUGUUACUUGUCUGUUGUUACUAUUAAGAAAAAUGAAAUGCAAUUAGUUGGUCUCACCGCACUAUUGCUAGCAUCAAAGUAUGAGGAUUUCUGGCAUCCAAAGGUUAUGGAAUUAAUUAGCAUCUCAGCAGAGGUAUACACAAGAGAUCAAAUGCUUGGAAUGGAAACGACGAUUUUAAAGAAGUUAAACUUUCGUCUUAAUCUUCCCACGCCCUAUGUCUUUAUGCUGAGAUUUCUUAGAGCUGCUCAGGCAGGCAAAAAGUUUGAGAACCUAGCAUUCUUCCUGAUUGAGUUGUGCUUGGUGGAGUAUGAUGCUUUACAUUUCAAGCCAUCAUUGCUAUGUGCAUCAGCUAUUUAUGUUGCUAGGUGUACCCUGCACUUGACCCCACCAUGGACUCCACUUCUAUGCAAGCAUUCUCACUAUCACGAGUUUCAGAUCAGGGAUUGCGCGGAGAUGAUCUUGAGAUUUCAUCAAGCUGCAAGAACAGCAGUGCUGAAAGUAACGUAUGACAAAUACAUGGGGGCCGAUAACUGCAGAGUUGCAACUAUUAGACCUCUCGACAAGCUUCCAACUCAAUAGUCUUUUAACCAAGAAACCCGGUAAGAUCUACUUGAUUUCUAGAAACCAACACUUAGUUGGAUAGCAUAGCGAAACUUUCAGCAGUGAGAUCAUCCUCUUUUAACAUCGUGGUCUCAAGUUAACUUCUUUUGAAGUAUUAUCGCCUUUGAAUCUAUCGAUAGGUGAUUAGAACAUCAAGAAUUGUGGUUGACCGAAUCUGUAACAGAAGAAUUGAUGCAUAUUUGUAUACAUAUUAUAUAAUACAUAUCAUAUUCAUCAUUUCAUAUCCUUGCUAGCUGACCCAAGAA